GCACGGCCGUGAAGAGUGAACUUUCACAGUUAAGACACAAAGAAAGAGGGGCGGACAUUUCGAAGCAAUUUUGGGCAAUACUACUACUUCCUCACCUUCUCCUCCAACUUCUUAAGACUUUCUUCUUACUACCUCACCUUCUUUCUCUCUCAUCCCACAGAUCUCCUCCAUUUUUCCCUGCAUUUUCUCGUUUGAUUCUUCACUUCAUUUUCAUGGAGACUGCUGCCUUCCGUCUUUCUGCUGGCAGCAUUUCACAUGCUUCUUCUUCGCUUGAGAAGCCUGCCUGGCCAACUGUGGUUCGAUCUCACUGCCAAACUCUCGCUGUUGGAAAGCUCACCUCCUCCUCAAGGCAAGCAAGACUUGUAGUGUCAUGUGCAAAGACACCUGAAACAACCGUGUCAUCCAAUUCUGAUGCUCCAGUAAACAACAGAUCAAAAGGCUCAAUAGAGAAGCAUGCUGUGCGCACCACUUUCCCCAAUGCAUUUGAGGCAUUGCUCUUGGAGGUUUGUGAUGAAACAAGUGUUGCUGAGGUACAGCUAAAGGUUGGAGAUUUUGAGAUGCAUCUUAAGAGAAAUGUUGGAGCAAUGCAUGCUCCGGUUCCAAUUGCACCACCUAUCCCAAGUGAACCCAUGGUUCAAUCAGCUCCUGCCCCACCUUCAGCAUCAGCUGCAAAACCCUCUCUUGAAAAGACCGGUCUCUUUGCAAGUGCCUCCUCGGCAGUAUCCUCAAAGUUGGCUUCUCUAGAAGCCUCUUCUGGAGCCAAUGGGUUUAAAUUAGUAUCAUCACCAACAGUGGGCUCGUUCCGGAGAGGAAGAACAGUAAAGGGCAAAAAGCAGCCUCAUAACUGUAAACAGGGUGAUAUUAUCAAAGAGGGACAAGUGAUUGGUUAUAUUGAUCAAUUUGGAACUGAGCUUCCUGUCAAGUCGGAUGUAGCUGGUGAAGUCCUGAAGCUGCUCUUUGAGGAAGGAGAAGCUGUAGGCUAUGGUGACCCCCUUAUUGCUGUUUUGCCAUCAUUUCACGGCCUCAGAUGAAUGUCACCUCUUUGAUCUGUCGAUUCUGCAUUUAUUUCAUUCCGUUUCAGCCACCCUAAUGUUUCAAUUAGUUACUGGUUUAUGGUUGCUUCUUGUUCUUCAAUUAAAAAGAGAACUUAGAUGUAGAUAUUUGCUGCCAUUUAGCAGCAUUUUGAAGCAAAAGGUAAGAAGAAUCUGUUCAAUUACUGAACGAUGAUUUUCUUAGUUGGACAAAAAACAGCAUACAUUAUAUCAAUUUGUUACAUUUGUAUCUCAGUGUUGUAUGUUCUUGAUACAUUGAAUUCGGAAGCAGGUAUUUCUCUCAAUUUUAUGAGCUUUAGUUGUUCUA